AGCAGUGAGGAGCGUGUGACAGGCGAGCAGACCGCUAGAACUGGGAAUUACACAGGAGCCCCUGAACACCAUCUCACCUCUCGUCUCCAACUACAGAUUAAUUGCUGGAUAAACUUUUGUUUUUUUACAGAGACAACGUGUACGAGUACAAUCGGACGCGAGCCCGUGUUGGGUGAAUAACGGGAAACUUUCAAAAGCGUCGAGGAAAAUUAAUAAGUUUGUUAAAAGUUAUAGCUGAUGUCUACUUUUAAGGACAUUUGUAUCCCGUAACCUCGUAGGCUAUUUGAAUUAUUGAGACGCGCUGGAGUGAGCGGUUAAAGAAACGUGGAGAGAUAACCGUUUGGGGGAUCUGCGCCCGGGACCCUCCCAUUGAGCGGCUCAUCAACCUCUCCUGUCGGUCACUUCAAGGCUUUCGUUCUUAUAUCGCGGGUUGGCCUCCCUCUCAUACACUCUUCUAACAUAAACGAAGCUUUUCUUUCGGUUUCUGGACCAUGAAGCCUCGGGAUCUGUUGCGCUCAGACGGCCAUGACGUAACGGGACUCUAGAAAACCGAGAGCGGAAUAUCUGGGAAUGCCUCGGACGGUGAUCACUCUUUGCGUCGCCCGGACGUCCUAACGUCUCCUUCUGACUUCCGUCCUUCUGCCCUCAUGUUGGUUUGUUGUUGUGUUCCGUGUCGGUGUGGCGGCCCUCGGCAGCGGGGAGGGGGGGAAAUGGGAUGACUGAGGGGCAGCUGAGGUGAGAUUAAAAAAAAAGGAAAAAAGGGGGGGGGGGGGACAAUGUUUGUACCCGGCGUUCGCAUCCCGCCUGCGGGCCGACUGGUGCUGAUGAUGCUCCUGCUGAGCGGCCUCGCACCCAGGCUGGCCCGCGCGUGCCCGGGCCUCAGCAUCACAGGCAACUGCAACUGCAUGGACGAGCGCUCCAAGGCGCACGCCACCGCGGCGCUCGGGAAGCGCGUGAGCUGCAGCAAGGACGAGCUGUCUGAGAGCCCUGACGGCCGCCUGCUGCCCAACAGGACCAUCACUCUAAUUCUGAGCCACAACAAAAUCCGGAAUUUGAGAAAUGGAUCCUUCAGCGGACUUUAUGCUUUGGAGAAACUGGACCUCAAACAUAACUUGAUCAGCACCAUUAUGCCAGGAGCCUUCCAAGGUCUUUCUGAACUUCGGAAACUCGACCUGUCCAACAACCGAAUCGGGUGCGUGACUGCAGACAUGUUCCAGGGUCUUUCAAACCUCACCAAACUGAACCUUUCUGGAAACAUAAUAUCUACCUUGGACCCGGGUGUGUUCCAAGAACUACCGUCUCUUAAACUAGUGAACUUCAACUCGGACUUCCUGUCUUGUGACUGUGGACUGCGUUGGGUACCUGGCUUCUUCCGCUCCAGCUCCGCCCGUCUGGGGGACGAGACGCUGUGCGCCUACCCCAGGAGUCUGCACGGGAAGCCCCUUCACGGCCUCAGGGAGAACCAGCUGAACUGCGACGGUGCCCUAGAGCCACACACCUUCUCCCUGCUGCCCUCCCAGCGGCAGGUGGUCUUCAGAGGGGACCGCCUGCCCUUCCACUGCACUGCCGCCCUGGUGGACAAGAUCACCACCCUGCACUGGCGCCACAACGGUCAGCUGGUGACCUCCGAUCCUGAGAUGGGCGUGCAGCUGGAGGAGAGUGCAGUGCAUGACUGCACCUUCAUCACCAGUGAGCUCAUCCUAUUUAAUGUGCAUGUGGAGGCCAGCGGAGAAUGGGAGUGUGUGGUGACUACUGGGAGGGGCAACAUUUCCCGCACUGUUGAAAUAGUGGUGCUGGAAAACAGUGCCUCCUUCUGUCCGGAGGAGAAAGUGAAAAACGACCGAGGAGAGUUCAGGUGGCCGAGAACCCUGGCAGGCAUCAUGUCCCACCAGUACUGCCUGCAGCAGCGCAACCCCUCCCUUCCCUUAGAGGGAGAUAGGGAGCAGAAAAAGGCCUUACGCUACUGUGACCGUGAUGGGAAUUGGCAGGAGGGUGACUACACAAACUGUCUCUACACUAAUCACAUCACCCGCGUGCUGCAUACCGUCAUCCUGACGCCAAUCAACACCUCAAACGCCAUGACGGUGGCCCAUCAGGUGCGGUCGUAUACCCUGGAGGCUGCAGGGUUCACAGACCCCGUGGCCGUUCUUCACGUAGCCCAGAUGAUGGAGAAGUUCAUGGAGUACGUGACCCAGCUUCGAGAGCUGUCGGAGGUUCUGGUGGAGAUGGGCAGUAAUCUAAUGCAGGUGGAUGAUAAGAUCCUGGUCAACGCCCAGAGAGAGAAGAGAGCGUGCAGCUCUCUGGUCAACUCACUGGAAACGCUGGCCUGGCCUCAGCUCCACAGCCACGCCCAAGACCUCUCCAUGGUUUCGAGAAACAUUGUGAUGGAGGCCCAUUUGAUUCGACCUGAAUACUUCACCGGCAUCACCUGUACCGCGUACCAGCGGCGGGAAACCCCAGGAAGCAGCGUGGGAUCAGAUGGGUUGGAGUACAACCAUGAUCAGGAUCUCUCCUUUCGCUGCUCCACAGGCCUCCCACAACACUCUCUCACCAAUUUUCCCCUGAAGAAUUCCAUAGCCCUGGCCUCUGUGACCCUCCCGGCCUCUCUCUUCCCUCCUGACGCUCCGAAGACGUAAGCUGCAGUUCGUGCGUUCCGUACAGGAUGUUUUUUCCCCCUGCUGGAAACUCAAAGCGGCAUCGGGGAACACUUUCGCAGGAGGACGGUCAACACGCCUGUUAUCUUUGCAGGCCUCGGAUGCAGCAUGUGGAACCACUCAGAGCCCAUAUGGUGUCCCUAGCGCCACUUGUCCCCUGGCACGGACCCAGAGGCCGCCCAGUGGAGCCUCCCGGGCCUGGAGAAGCAGGGAGGCUGGAGCCAAGAUGGCUGUCAGCUGGUCCACACUGACAGCAGCACUUCAACCCUGAGAUGCACCGUACUUAGCAACUAUGCCGUUUUACAAGUAAGAGCAGACCUUUUUGUAUUUGCAGACUUUCCAAACCCCUCGGCUAUCUCAGUGAGGAUACUCCACCCGGUGGUCUAUGCGUGUACCGCAGUGCUCCUCCUUUGCCUAUUCACCAUCAUCAUAACGCACAUACUCCACCACAGUUCAAUAUAUAUAUCGCGGAAAAGCUGGCACACGCUCCUCAAUACCUGCUUCCACAUGGCCAUGACCACAGCCAUCUACGCCGGCGGCAUUAGCCUGACCAGCUACCCGGUGGUGUGCCAGGCGGUCGGCAUCGCGUUGCAUUACUCCUCGCUGUCCACCCUGCUGUGGAUCGGAGUCAGCGCCAGGGUGCUCUACAAAGAAGCGGUGUGGAGAACGCCGCGGCAGCCGGAGGGGGAGCCUUCUGUUCCGCCCACCCAGCGACCCAUGCUCAGGUUCUAUUUGAUAGCUGGUGGAGUUCCUCUCAUCAUCUGUGGGAUCACUGCAGCUGUCAACGUCAACAACUAUGGUGACAACAGCCCUUAUUGCUGGCUGGUGUGGCGCCCAAGCCUGGGGGCCUUCUUUGUCCCCGCUGGCCUGGUGGUGCUGGUGACCUGGAUAUAUUUCUUGUGUACUGUUUUCCGCUUGAGGCACCGUGUGGCCAAAGAAUGCACCGGCACCCCCCUCUCGUCCCCUGUGGCCGAGAGCCUGCCCGCCCUGUCCGGAAGCACCAGCCUCCUCUCCACAGACUCCGCCGCUGCCCCGACGACCCCUGUGGCGGCUCCUGAGGACCAGUACUCCCUUAAGGCCCAGUUCUCCGUGCUGGUGGUCACCCACUUCCUGUUCAUGGCCCUGUGGUGCUGUGGGGCCAUGGCCAUGUGGCUGAGCGGCCACAGCAGCUUGCUGUUCAGUUGUCUCUACGGAUCGCCGCCACCACCUUGGGGGCGUUCCUGGUUGGUGCACCACUGCUUCCGACGGCUGGACGUGCAGGCCUCGUGGCUCGCCUGCUGUCCGGGCUACCGCCAGCCCCAGGGUCCCCAUCCACCUACACGCAGGCCUGCAACCGCCGCAACGGGGUGCAGACCUCGGAUCAGGGCUCCCCAACUGUUCAUCGGCUGUCACCCUCCCGGGGACUCCCAGAACUCCUCGUCCGCCAGGUCUUCGUCCACUCCCAGCGGGAUCAGCAGCGUGGGCCCCGGGCCCUGCAAACUCACCAACCUGCUACAGGUGGCUCAAGAGCACUCCCACCAUGCCCCCGCCAGCCCCCAGCGAGCGCCCACCACGGCAUCCACACCCCGGCGCCAGCACCGACAACGUCCACAAGCCGUCCCAACAACCAUCUGCCCAUCAGAGCCUCGAUGGCGCCGGUUGCAUCCCCAGAGGAGUAAGGUGAGUAGCAGAACUAAACAGGGCAGCCAUUACCACCACCGGGGAGAAGGCAGGGGGCACUACCGUCUCAAAGCCCUGAGGGCGUGCGGCGGAUGGCAGCCUGGGCGCCCUGGGGACCCAGCGGGUCUGGAGAACUUGAACUCCUCUCACGGCGUCCACAAACACGCCACGAGCGAGAACGGCAGCGUCCACCACAGCCUCUCGGAGAACCAGGCUGGCCUGCUGACCAACGGGCGGCCGGUGGGGGAGCCGCUGGCCACCAGCCCCUCGGAGGGCAGCGACGGGGGCAGCAGCGGCAGCCGCAAGCCCUUUCCCCUCCCGCCCGCCGGGGCCAGCAGGGCGGCCCCGCAGGGCGCCCAGAGACGCUGCGCUAGCAGGGACAACUUAAAACUGGCCGCUGCCGCCACCGCCACCGCUGAGCGAGAGACCAAGCGCUGCUCCUACCCCCUCAAUAGCGUGUGCGUGGCGGUGCCGGGCCCCGCCCCGGCCCCCAACGGCACGCUCAAGAACUCAGGGGUGCCAGAGCACCAGGAGAAGGACACCAGUGGCACGGACCAAUCGCAGAGCUCGGUGGGGAUGAAAAGCGGCUUGUGGAAGAGUGAGACGACGGUGUGACGGGCGGUGCGUUGACUCUUGGUGCAUGGCUGCAACCUGCAGGUGACUUUGUGUACGGUUCUGGUUUUGUUU